AUGUCAAAAAUAGAAGUUGACGUUUUUAAUAAUGAAUUUGAGGAAAUGAAAACUAAAUAUGAGGAAUUCAUAAGCCAUUUAUCAGUUUAUGUCAGGAACAUUAAGAGGAAUGUCUUCUUUCAUGUUCUUGAUGAUAAAAGAACGAAGGGGAAAAUGAUCAAUAUGGCACUAGAAACUAGACCCUUCUUGGCUAAAGAAAUUUGGAACUUGCUUGAUGACUACAUGGAUUUCAUGAGAAACCUUCCAAGACUUGAAGGUCAAAAUUACACAAAAGUGUACACAAACUUCUCAAGAGCUGAUCUUGUAAAGAGAUUGUUGUUUAAACGUCCUAUAAUCUUCUAUGGACGAUCUGAUUAUUUCAUGUUGAGAUACAAUGGUAAAACUCUAAUGGAAGGAGAAGGUUGCUUCUAUAAUGUCUCUGGAUCUUUGGAGAAACAAGAUGAUUCAUCUCCGUACCUACGAGAAUAUAUUUCAUACGAUGAGAAUCUUUUGUCAUCCUUAAUAGGGAUGUCAACUCCAACAUUCUACUUUUCUAUUGGUUCUGGCAGGUCUGAAAUCGGAGACACGAAGAAACCACACAUUGAUGAAGGUAUUUUAUGUGGAUUAGUUGGUGCACGGAAUGAAAAGCCAUACUUUAUGGAACAUCGAUUUGUGUUUCCUAAUGUUAAGGAUCAUAACUCGUCAAGUCAUCGAUCUGACCAAUUUUGGAUUGAAAAAGUUUACAGCAGUGCUUUUCCAGAAAAAAAGAUUCCUACUGCUGAAGAUAUAAGAAGCAAAUCAAAGAUAUAUAGCUCAAUAUAUGUAGAAGGAGUGAAUGAAGUUUAUCUUGAGAAACGCUUGAUGUUGUCUAUCUUGCCAUACAUCCAAGAUGCAAUAUCACGUGGAGUUGAGAAAAAAAGGAAUAUAUUCUGUAGUGUACCUGCGAUUGGAUCAGGUGUUUGGGUAGGAGGUAUAAGAAUUUCAGCUAUUCGACGUUUGAUUGUUAAUGGCUGUUUAAAGUUUUUGGAUUCGUUUGAUGAUCACAAAAAACUUAAGCAUUUAAAGGCACUGGCUCUUCCUGAAAUAAGCAUAAGCUUCUACUCGUCAUUCAAAUUUCAUGGAAAUAUUGAAGAAAUUGAAAUCAAUAUUGACGAGGCAAUUAUCACUUUUAAGGAACCAGCAGGACACAAAUUAACAAUCAUAAAUCGUCCUCGCUAUGUCGCAGAAUUACUUCCAGAUGAGUUUAAAGAUUGUAUCUCAAUAGCUGGAUAUGCAUGGGACGGAAACAGUUAUCCAGGAAAUGAAUAUUGGAAUGGAGGGAUGGCUUCAUUUGAUCCACAAGCUAUUUACUGCUCCUUACUUGGUCAGUUCCAAAAUCCAGAAGUUAAUGUGAAAAUGGCAGAUCCAGAAAGAAUUCGUUUGUACUGA